AAUGACCCAAUUUUGGACGGAGCUUUCGUCAAAAAUUGUUCACACCACACGAAAACGCGCAAAAGUCAUAUAUACCUCUUGUUUCCUAUUUACACACAUACAAUAAAGAUGCAUUUUUAUAGAAAAAUUUGAAGAGAAAACAGAGAAGGGGACUAAAAUGGCUAGUAGUGGUACUUGUACAUGUUCCUAUAAACCCAUAAUUUGUACAAAAUCAGAUGUUGUAAUUAAUCCAUUUUUAUCACCAAAAAGAAUACAAUUAAUCAUCCAUGGAGACAUCAGAUUAAAGCAAAAAACAAGAAUUUGUGUUGUAAGAGCAUCAACAGUUGAUAGUUCAUCCAACUUUGUUGAACGUAUGGAGAAAGCUUGGUUAAUUUCUAAGCAACCUAGGCCAAUUAUAUGCUCUACUUGUGACUCAAAUGGCCAUGUGGAAUGCAAGUGGUGCGGUGGUACUGGUUUCUUUAUACUUGGCGACAAUAUGCUCUGUCAAGUGCCCUCUCGAAACACAAGCUGUGUUAUCUGCACUGGAAAGGGUUCUGUAUGCUGCACUGAUUGUAAAGGAACAGGUCAUCGUGCAAAGUGGUUGGGAGAGCCUCCUAUUCCCAAGCCUCCUAUUACUGAAGAGUAACUUCUCAAAUGAAUUCUUGAAUUGUUAAUCAACUUCUUGAUCCUUGGACAGGAUUGAUGUUCAGAAUGCUGCUGAAUGCAUCUUGAUGCUUGUAUCCAAUGUUGAAAAUAAUAUUUCUUUCUCAGUUGUACAAUUGUCACAUUAGUUUCCACAUACCAUUUGUGUAAGCACAUUUCUUUUUCCCUUUUGGUUCUCUUUUGGGCCUGAUAGAAGCUUCUGAAAGUGAUAAAGGAUGUAUAGCAUUAUUUUCCCGGGAAGCUCAUAAACAUAUGCAUCUCCUAGUAGAAGUUAAUGAGUUUACAGUUAGAUUUAAGGUAAUGUAGAAUUUGUAGAAUUCCUGUAUUAAUUUUAGUUGUCUUUUAUCAGCAAAAAAUAA